AUGUUUAAAUCUGAUCAGAUCCACGAGGUAUUAAAUACCGACAUCAGAACCCCAAUCCCCGAAGCGCUGGUGAACAAGAUUAAAUCGCUGCCACCAUUUAUUCCUUUACCAGGAGUCUCCAAUUUCCGCGACUUAAGCCAUGAUAACAAUAAACUGCGCCCGGGAUACGUCUAUCGGUCUGGAAACUUGUCAGGUAUCGUGGAUUCCGGGAAAUCCAUCAUCGCAACCGAAUUGGGAAUAACCACCAUCUUCGAUCUCCGCAACGAAAGCGAGCGACAAAAAGCCCCUGCAUUGUCUAUCCCAGGAGUCAAUACGAUAUGGGUGCCAUAUGGAGCGCGACCGGCUACCUUGAGCCUUCGCGACUUCACAGGCGAAGAUAAAGGUGCCACAGGAUACGUGAAGAUGUACUCGGGCAUUCUCGAAGCGGCUGCCCCAGGUUUCACCGCGGUAUUCAGACAUAUCAGAGAUAAUCCGGACGAUCCGUUCAUCUUCCAUUGCUCAGCCGGCAAGGAUCGCACAGGCGUCUUGGCCGCUCUCAUCCUGCUCCUCAUUAACUGCCCUCAUGAAAAGAUCAUCCACGAUUACAUCCUCACUCGAGUUGAGGUGGAAAGCGCCCGAGAGAACCUUAUGGAGGCAUGCGCUGUAAAUAUGGGACCGGAUGAAGUUGAAAUCAACCAGUUGAGUCCGGAGGCACUUGGUAUGCUGGAAAUGUGUGGUGUUCGACCUCAUGCCAUGGCUGCAUUUUUGAAAGCAUUCGAGCGCACCUAUGUGAACGGCGUCGAGAGCUACCUCACUGAUAGACUUGGGUUCUUGCCGAGUGAUGUGUCGGUGAUGCGCAAGAACCUGACGUCUUAG